AUGGCUGAAAAUUUUCGGACAAGCAAUGGAGGAGGGUUUGGUGGCGGUAAUCAACAACCAGUUUCAGAUCCCCGUCUGCCCCUGACCCCCAUGCAAGUCUUCAAACUCAAGAAGAACUGGAAAGGGGUCAAAAGACGGUUGGAGGAUACAGGCGUGGAGAUGCUAAUACG